GAUCAGGGCUGUGGUAGAUUUUGUAGUGAGAAAGAGACAGCAAGGAAAGAAUCCCUGAUCUCCUCCUCCAUUCUUGACACUAACAUCAAAUCACAAACCCGAGAAAAGAAAGAACAAACCCUAGACCUCACGGCACUUUCCACACACAGAAACCGUGACAAGUAUAGUAAUAGCAAUUUUCCUCAUUCAAUCCCCAUUUCCCUUUUCCAUGCACCUCCUCACUCAACUCACAUCGAUGCCUCCGCUUUCAUGCAUCACCAUAACGCUCCUUUUUUCAAGAUCUUCAAUGACCCAUUAGCCCCAACAAUCUCAAACCCCAGGAUCUAGCUACACCCACUUCUCAAAAUCCUUCCUUUUUGCACCACCCAUAUGCCCCAACACCACCACAAACUUCACAUUUGUCACUCUCACUGCUGCCACCGCUACUAAUAGCUACCACUAUUACUAUUAAUGGGUGUUGAGAGAAAAUGGCUCUUCACCCUCUUCACUGCAGCAUUCCUCUCCUUCAUCAUUCUCAUGUUCUCUUCCUUCUCUUGCUUCACAUCCCCUAUGCCCUUUCCCUCUAUUGUCCACUAUGGUCCACACCACCCUCCUGCUUUUGCCUACUUCAUAUCCGGUGGCAAUAGGGACAGCGACCGGAUCUUCCGGUUGCUGCUGGCGGUGUACCACCCCAGGAACCGUUACUUGCUCCACCUUGGGAUGGAUGCCAGGGAUGAAGAGAGGCAAAGGCUGGCGGCGGCCACCAUGUCGGUGCCGGCGAUUCGUGCCUUUCGGAACGUGGAUGUGGUGGGGAAGGCCGAUUAUGUGACCUACUUGGGGUCAUCCAAUGUGGCUGUUGCUCUCAGGGCUGCUUCUGUGAUGAUGAAGUUGGAUGGAGGAUGGGACUGGUUUGUGACCUUGAGUGCUCGGGAUUAUCCCCUUGUCACCCAGGAUGAUUUGUCUCAUGUUUUCUCUUCUGUUCGGAGGGACCUCAAUUUCAUUGAUCACACCAGCGACCUUGGAUGGAAAGAAAAGGACAGGUUCCAGCCUAUCGUAGUUGACCCAGGACUAUAUUUAGCCAGGAGAAGUCAAAUUUUUCUAGCUACGCAGAAGCGGGAUACACCUGAUGCAUUCAAUCUUUUCACAGGUUCACCAUGGGUCAUCUUGAGCCGAUCCUUCCUGGAGUAUUGCAUAUUUGGCUGGGAUAAUUUACCUCGAACGCUCCUGAUGUAUUUUACAAAUGUCAAGUUAUCCCAAGAAGGUUACUUUCAUUCGGUCGUUUGCAAUGCACCAGAAUUCAAGAACACAACAGUAAAUGGUGACUUACGGUACAUGAUCUGGGACAAUCCUCCGAAGAUGGAGCCACUUUUCCUUAAUGUAUCUGUUUAUGAUCAAAUGGUAGAAAGUGGUGCUGCUUUUGCUAGACAGUUUGAAGUAGGUGACCGGGUUUUGGACAUGAUCGAUAAAAAGAUACUUAAGCGUGGGCGUAAUCAAGCUGUGCCAGGAGCAUGGUGCUCGGGCAGGAGGAGCUGGUGGGUGGAUCCAUGCUCACAAUGGGGGGAUGAUGUCACUAUUCUGAAGCCAGGCCCUCAGGCUAAGAAGCUCGAGGAGUCUGUUUCGAGCCUUCUUGACGAUUGGAGCUCACACACAAAUCAGUGCCUUAUUACCAGUGAAGAGACAGAAGACUAGAAAGAUUUAAGAAACCUGUGCAUUGUCGUGCACGCUGAUUCGUGGACCAAGUUUCUAUUUACUGAAAACACAUUCUUUGGUCACGAUGUAAUUCAAUUUUUGAGAGGGGUUGAUGGGACUCCUUUUGCGGUGGUCUUUGCGAGUGUAUCAGCAGAGUUGAAGCAAGGAAAGGAGUAUAUUGGAGAUUUAGGGGCAUAAUAUUUGUGGUGGAUCCUCUAAUGUCUUCAAUCCAUUUGAUUGAUAAUGUGAGAGCUUGAUUGAUAAUAUUUGUGGGGUAUUAUCAUGUUUUAUGUACUGUAUGUUUCUUCACCCUCUAGACAGUUAGAACAAAACGUUAAUUCUUUAUACCAUGUUGUCAUUUCCCACGCUUUUACUCUUUUCCCUUGCAUCUCUUAAAAUCAUGGAUGCAUUUUUCUUUGGUCUUGAUUAUUAUGAAAGAAAUUAUUUAUAUGAA